AUGUCUGAGUUCGAAUUACCACCAAAUUACGUCUCUGCCUCCAAUGAUUUCCGUUCCGAUACCUUCACCACUCCAACUAGUGAAAUGAUCCAAGUGGCUUUAUCUGCCACGAAAGGUGAUGCCGUUUACGGUGAAGACACUGAUACUGUUUUAUUGGAAAAGACUAUCGCUAAAACGUUCGGUUACGAUGCCGGUUUGUUCUGUGUUUCUGGUACUUUAUCCAACCAGAUCGCUUUGAGAACUCAUUUGACCCAACCUCCAUAUUCCAUCCUUUGUGAUUACAGAGCCCAUGUAUACACUCACGAAGCUGCUGGUUUGGCUAUCCUAUCCCAGUCAAUGGUUGUCCCAGUUAUUCCUUCAAACGGUAACUACCUGACGUUGGAAGACAUCCAAUCUCAUUACAUCCCAGAUGAUGGUGAUAUCCAUGGUGCUCCAACUAGAGUUAUUUCUCUAGAAAAUACUUUACACGGUAUCUUAUAUCCAUUGGAGGAAUUAUUCCGUAUCAGAACCUGGUGUAAGGCUAACAAUUUAUUAUUACACUGUGAUGGUGCUAGAAUUUUCAAUGCUUGUGCUGAAUCUGGUGUACCAUCCAAACAAUUUGCUGAAAUCUUUGACUCUAUAUCUGUCUGUUUGUCAAAGUCCGUUGGUGCUCCAAUCGGUUCUGUCUUAGUAGGUGACGUAAAAUUCAUCAAGAAGGCUAACCAUUUCAGAAAACAACAGGGUGGUGGUAUCAGACAAUCUGGUAUGAUCUCGAGAAUGGCUCUUUACUGUGUUGACGGUGACUGGAAAGAAAAAAUCAGAUACUCUCACUCUUUGGCUCACAACUUAGCCGCUUUCUGCAAACAAGAAGGUAUUCCAUUAGAAUCCCCAGCUGAUACUAACUUCGUUUUCAUUGACUUACAAAAAGCAAAGAUGGACCCUGAUGUUUUAGUCAAGAAAGGUCUAAAAUACGGUGUCAAGCUAAUGGGAGGUAGAGUCUCUUUCCACUACCAAAUUUCUAACGAAUCAUUAGAAAAAGUCAAGCUAGCAGUUAAAGAAUCUUUCGAGUAUGCCAAAACUCAUCCAUACAGUCAAAAUGGUCCAACUCAAAUUUAUAGAAGUGAAUCUACUGAAAAGAUGGAUGUCGAUGGUAAUGCUAUCCGUGACAUUAAAACUUACAAAUACUAG